AUGCAACAAACACUACCUGCUUUAUCACCAUCCUCUCUUUUAGAUAGUGAAAUUACAGAAUUGAUGCGGAAAUCCUUUUUCACCAUCAUCAGAGGAGAACGAGUUCCGAAUACUGAUUUUUUACAAUUAUACAACUCCAUUCAUGUACUGCUUCACAAUGUGGAUAUUAGCAAGAAAGAUCACUCAGCUAUUCAUCGGGAUUUAUUUGGGUUGGUGCGUGAGCAAGUUUUUAAAUCAAUUACAGAGAGUGAUGUAAUGAAACAAGUGAUCAUGACAUUCAAUGAUAAUUUCGAUGUUAAUACAGAUACCAAGUCUAAAAGCAUAAUUGAUCUUUGGAGCAAAUCAAUCAAAACAGUUGAUCACUUUAUUCAGAGAUUAUUCAAAGGAAGGCAAUAUUUUCAAAAUUGUUGCCCUUUGAGCUUGGUUUUAGCCAGUCAUGUUUUUGAAGAAAUGUGUUGUGAAGUUGCUCUGGACAUGUCUGAAGAAGGAAACUCACAACACUGCUCCAGAACUUGUUCCAAUAAUCAUGAGCACUCUUUCAACUUGACUCAUCUAGAACAAUUGAAGUCAACACUUCAAGAAUACUAUCAGGAACAAUCAAAAAAGAGUGAAGAGCUAUUCAAGUCGUUCAAAACUCUGACACAACAACCAAUCCCAAGACACAAAUUUACCAGAUCAAAAAAUUUGAUUCAUGACGUACAGGGUGAUAUGGGUAUCAAAUUUGCCGAAAUUGAUGGAAGCAAGUUAACCCGAACAGACAUUCCUCUCUCAAAGGAGUGCAAUCUUGUUGAAGAAUCCAUUGCUUUUUAUAUUGAUGAUGUGUUGACAAGUGAGGAAUGCGAGCAAAUUAUUGAAAAAUCUGAAACACAAUAUGGAUACAGAACAUUGGAGCAUGAAUUCUUGAAAUACGAAAGAGACAAUGACCGUGCUCUCAUUUCCUUCCCAUAUUUUGCUGACCUGCUGUGGAAGAGGAUUAAGCCAGUUCUUGAAAAAGAUCCACAUGUGUGGAGCGAGUUGAGACCUUUCGGUUGGCACAAUGAAGGAAAAUGGCAACCCUCAUUCAUUAACACAUGCAUGAGAUGCUGUCGAUACACAGGCCCAUGCGUUGGCUUUAUUCCUCACAGGGAUGGCAACUUUGUUGCGAGCAUGGACCAAAGAUCCAAAUUCACUAUUAUUAUCUACCUCAAUGAUGACUUUCCAGAUGGAACCACUGAUUUUCUGCGAGCUCACCAACCUGCCACCAUGGGUGAGCUUGUUCGAGAGGAAUUAGAACGAGGUUACACCUCCGAAUUCAGUCUCAAACCCAAGAAAGGUCGAGUACUCUUAUUCGAUCAUGUUCUUCUUCAUCAAGGAGCUCCUAUCCCAAGCGGCUUUCUCAAAUACAUCAUUCGAACAGACCUUGUGUUCACUCGUGUCGAAAAUCCAACUCCAGAUCUUUCAUACCUUCAAGAUGAAUAUUAUUGGAAAAUGCUGUACUAUUACAAAAUUGCAGCCAAUUAUGAGUGUCAUGGAUUUGUUGAUGUAUCCUCUGAAUUAUACGAAAGAGCACUUUCCUUGCGAAUGCACUAUCCAAGAAAAGGGACACACAUUCCAAGUGUAAAGAAUUUGCCAUCUCUUUCAUCGAAAGGCUCCUCUGGUACGAAUGAUCAUCACUGA